AUGUCUCAUCAUAGAGCUAAUGUAUCAUCUCAAUUAUCAAAUUGGACAUUGUCACAACCUUCACAACAAGGAGCUGGAAGUUCUCAUCUUCAAACUAAUGUAUCACCUCAAUUACCUAACCAAACAUCCUCUCAACCUGCACAACAAGGACCGGGGAGUUCUCAAUGCAAUGAUAAUGUAUCUUCUCCAUUACCUAGCCAAACAUCCUUUCAGCCGGUACAGCAAGAGGUUGAGCGUCGUCAACGCAGAAGUGAACGGACAUCUACCCAUUAUUGGUUCGUAGAUGCACUAGGUGAAGAGCAUGGCACAAUUCAAAAAUUGUGUUUAAGUUGUAAGGAUGUCAAUGACAAGCCAAAUGCUUUGCGUAUUAUUAUGGAAUUUGAUAAAUAUCAUUCACCUAUUGGAGAGGUUGCGAGUUUGCUUGCAGGAUGGAAAACCCUUUUUCAGAAUUCUCGAUUUUGUUUCAAGGUACAUAAAGAUUUAGCUAAAAGAUAUAUUGAAGUUUCAAUUGGUAAAAACUGGAAGAAAUAUAGGCUUAAGCUUUGGAAUGCUAAGUAUGACCCACUUUUGAGCAAAAGUCAAAUUACUGAAAAUAAACCUGAGGAUAUUAACAUGGACAAUUGGGCAUUAUAUGUUCACUAUCAUUUCAAACCAGAGACGAUGGAUUAUUGUAAGAAAAAUCAACAAAUAAGAAACAAACAAGUCUUUUCUCAUACGUGUGGUGCCAAGUCUUUGGCGAGGAGAAGACAUAAACUAAUUAUUGAGACGGGUAAGACUAUCAGUCGGGGUCAAAUGUAG